AUGGAUAGAUAGAUGGAGUGAGUACAGUACUCGUAUAAUCCAAUACCACCUCCAAUCGCUCACAAAAUUACCGUAUCCUACUCUACAGCAAAACUACUGUACUCUACUGUACAGUAGACUGCAAGAUCCAAACCUCACCAACCCACCCACCAUACAUCAUCAUAACCAACCCACAAGAACAACAACAACGAGCACCCAAAUGACCGAAACCACGCGCCUAAGAUCCACCAUCUUCAUCGGUUCCCCCCCCCCCCCUCCCUCCCUUCCUUCCUUCUCCUUCCUUCCCCCAUACCAAACUAACUAACCAACACCAACCCAGGCGGCCUCGACCAAUCCGUAACAGAACAAGUCCUCCAAAGCGCCUUCCUCCCGUUCGGCGACAUCACCUCCGUGCAGCUCCCCCGCGAUGACAGACACCCCACAACCGCGCACAGGGGAUUCGGCUACGUGGAGUUCGACGCGGCGGCCGACGCGCUCGCCGCUAUAGACAAUAUGGAUCAGGCCAUGCUGGCGGGGAGGGUGCUCAACGUUAUGCGCGCGAAGCCGCAGAAGGAGGGGACUGUGCUUGGGAGCAAGGUUGCGGUUUGGGCUCAGGUGAGUUCUUUUUUUUUUUUUUGGUCUUUUCGGGGGGGUGAGGGGGGGAGGGCUGAUGGGGAUUGUAUGAUAGGAAUCGUGGUUGGCGAAGCAUGAGGUCAGUGAGGAGGAUAGGGCUGCUGCUGAGAAGGCCAAGGCGGAAGCUAUGGCAAAGGAAGGGGUUGAUCCUAUGCAGGGUCUUGAAGGGUUGGAUGUCGCGGGACCUAGGCCGGAGUGAUGGUGAUGAUGAUUAUAUUAAUACCCUUUCACUUAGAUGUACGGCAUGCGGAACUCUUGUGGGCAAGUGGCUAUCCUGUACGAUAUGACAUGGGCUUUUUUUUCUUUUUCUUUUUUUGCAUCGGGAAGCUUUGUUUCUUUCCUUUCCACCACAUUAUCGAAGAAGGAAAUGAAAAAUUAAAUAUAUCCCCACCCCAGCCAGAGGUAACCAUAAUGUCAAAACCGGAAAGUAAAACGAGAAAGGUUCCCCAUGAUAUCGCGUUUCUCAAUUUUCAAUCCCAACUUGUAUAACUUAUUCACACUAGUUGUAAUAACAAUAGACCUUAAUGCUGGUCGGGCCUGGAAGAACGGGAAAGCCUCAAUUGCUUGUCGGUGUACAGCUUCCUUCCCAUGGAAACUAUUGCCACUGCGGUGGAGGGUUAAAGUUAGCAUAAAGGCCCUCUUACUAGCUUCCAUCCCUCAUUCUUUUAUUCAUUCAUCCUUCCUUCCCAGCCCCCACCUCCUUCCUUCCACAGGGUUAGGGUAAUUGCAUACUUCCGACACCAGCACUAUCGCCCCGAAAGUAUCUUAGCAGAGGCCCACAAUCCAGCGGCGGUGGCGGUGGGGAGGGGGAGCGGAGCGGAGCGGAAAAGGGGGAGAAUUUACGCCAUGACGACUCCCAAGGGGAUCAAUUCCGGAGGAACCUUCUUCAACAUCCUGAUCCUCUGGGAAAUGGUGUGCGCUGCGAACACCCGCCCCCUCACCCCACCUUCUUCUCAGUCACUGCUUACACCGUUUCGGGGGGGUAUAUGUGAGGAAUGGCGUGAAAUACCGCUUUGUUCUUGCUUCUGGUUUUGGGGAAACAAACUUGGUUAGCAAUUGAUCCCAGGGAUGGGGUCGAAGGGCAGUGAAUGAGAGGGGGAGGGGGGUGCAAAGAGAGGAUAUGCGACAUACUGGCAUAACCAUCUCGAGCGAGUUUUUUUUUUUUUGAUGUGAGC